AUGCAGUCAUCCCUCCCCGUUCCUCCCCCUAAGCUCCUCCUCCAGUCCCCCAUCGACGAUGAUGACUCCCUCGGCUUCGAGUACGUUCACGCCAAGCCCCUCGCCACCCGGCAGCAGCGCUACAACCGCUUCAUCGGCGACAUGCUCGACGACGAGGUGCUCGUGGAGGCCUGCAGGAGGACGGAAGUGACGGUCGGCUUGACCCGAUCCCGCUCACUGUGCGAGGAUGUAAUGAUCCAGGGGAUGUAA